AUGGUAGAGCCAGGCCCAAAACCACUCGGGACCUUGGAACCACUAUCAACUCUCGUGGCAAGACCGCCCACGCCUCCGAAACAAUCUCAUCGCAACGACGGCAAGCCAGGCUUCAUCAGUCGCCUGUUCUACGGUGGACCACAAUCACACUCGAGUCGGCCGGCGUUAUCCAGCAUCACUCCGAGCUCGUCUGGUGAAUCACCUGCUCGGUCUCCGAAUACAUCUGCUAUCUCUCGGAAGAAGGUCGAGUGGUCGGACUCGACAGAGUACAACGAUCCACCCAAACUUCCACGGGACGGGCCCGUCGUCCCUUUAUCUGCCGAGCGAAAGCCGCUCAAGUCCAUACUCAAAGCAUACAAUGGCGCCCAGGAGCAGGACCACAAUGGGCUAGGGACCAAUACGAAAUUACUCCCUCCACAUCAUCAUUCAAGCCUUGCCAUCAUGCUCGAAUCAAUUGUGCAACAAUUGGCUGGGAAGGACAGGAACUCCAAGAUGGAUGCAUACCUAAUGCUAUCCUCGUCCCUAAAAGCAUCGGAAAAUAGCCCGGAUCUGAAGGCGCUGGAUUCUAGGAUGAGCCUUCUCCUGCAGUUCAUCACACGAGAUAUAUCCGAGAAAAAUGAAGCCGGAAAAUCCGAUACACCGCUUGUUACAAACGCCCUAACUCUUUUGUCCAGUUUUCUCCACAAGCAGACAAUUAGAGACUCGAUUACCAACGACUUCAGUGUCUUCAUUGUAGAGUACGCUAUUAAAACCUUUCACGACCCCCAAAUGUCGAAGGAGAUUGUCAAACAUUUGAUGUUUGUGUUGGCCCAGCAAAAGUUCCCUCCUAGAAUCAUGAACACUGAGCGUGUUGGGAAACUAAUCACCGCUCUACAUAACAUCGAGAUCCAUAUCACGGGGAAGAGUAUUGUGAUGGGCCGGCAGAAUAUAUACCGGACUCUCUUGCGGCAAUCGAGAUCUCACAUGGUCGCCCAUCCAAUCUGGAUAGAGGACCUUUUCAUCGACAUGCUUAGUAGCAUCAAGGAAAUACGAACGAUGGCAAUCAUCUUUGGACUUGAAUCUUCAUAUGGUCUUGGCGGUGACAUCAGACCAUCUCGUUCUGUCUCCAAUUUUUUCCAGAUCGACCGAAGUGAAGGCAUCAAAUUUGCAGAUUAUUAUUGUGGAUGCUUGAAACAGCUUUUACAAAAGAAACAGGACACCGCGUGCGUUCCCCAGAUUUGGAGUGUCAUUGUUCUUUUUCUCCGUGCAAACCCCAAACAACUGGAGCAGUGGCCCUUUUUGACCUCUUACCUUGAGAUCGUUCAACAAUGUUUCAACUCCAGCGACCCAACAACUCGGAUUGAGGCAAACUACGCGUGGAAUCGAUUUGUUUUUGCAGUUGGCCUAAACGAGAGGACUCCGAUACAAAUGAUUAGAAUGCUCUGUAAACCACUGGCGGCGCAGCUCCUGAGGUUACGGAAAAAGUCGUCAGCUAGCAGAAAAGCAGUUCUAGGCAGUUUAUGCAACCUACUAUAUUAUUCGUUCAAACCUACCUCGACUCCAGUCCGACUCGAUUUGUUCUGGGAUGAGUAUAUUGUGCCUCUUGUGGGUCAAUCCUUAACCCCGGCCAAUAUCACUGAUAAUCCGAAUUGGGCGAAACCAGACCUGUUGGACGCCGGCCGUGUCCUCCAAUCGCUCUUCGACUCGACGAAUCAAAGGCCGUGGGACGAUUCUCGCGCAAUGGCAAACCUGCAGCGGAACAGCGUGGAUGCUAAGGAGCUCCCUGCACUGGAUCCGAAAUGGCUGAGGAAAAACCCGUCCCGGGUUUUUGUAGUCCUAGCUCCAAUUCUUGAAAGGUUAUACUGGGAUCUCGGUGCUAAAUCCGAGACUGCUACUAUUUGGCAGACGUAUAUCACCUCCAUUGCUUCUCCAGCCUCGAUGGAGGUCAAGGUUUCAAAUGAUACAAUGGCAUCCCUUGCUUCUAUAUUCGGCCUGCUCUACCAAAUUUGGCAUACGGGGCCAUUUACCAUACCAAGUUUAUCACCGCCAAGCGGCUCUCGCACUCCAGAAUUUCUCAAGAGCUUCGAACGGCUUCUGAUACCCACGAUUGAAGGUCUUGGCAUCCUUCCAUUUACCGAGCGAAUGCUUUGUGUCGGAACCCAAGAUACUUUCAUCCCAGUUGCCACACCAUCACAUCGGCCUGAAAAGCUCAAGGGGGAGGUUAGAAGUCCGUUAUACCACCUGUUCUCGUUGUUGACGACAAUAUCCCCCGGCCUAGAAUACGACGGAAGAUUCCUUCACAUGGUUCACAGCAUCUUCCUGCCUUUCUUCGAAUUAGGAAAGUCUAGCAUGACAUCUCGUAUUGACCUGGCGAAAGAUCUAUUGCACCUCAUUCCACAGCAGACCACCCAGCCUUGCAAGCUCAUGUGGCGAGUUCUUGCAAACUUUACCACAACCGCCACGGACACACGAGAUGAUGAUAAGAGCAACCGUAAUAUUGACCAGCCGCUUGGCGUGAAAUAUCGAGGCAUCGUAAAGGUUCUCGAAGUCGGGGUCAAUCUAUCCCCACAGGAACCGCUUCCUGGUUGGGAGACUUUAUUAGAAGCUUCCAUUGUGUCUGCGUCUAUCGACGCCGGUGAUGCAGGCAGAGCCAUUGUGGUGAUUGAGCCAUUGGCUAAAUGCCUAAUGCAAAGGGAAUCUACUGUUUUUGCAAAGUGCCACACCGACGGGCCGUCGUAUUACCACUUAUUAAUUACCAAGGCUACAUAUCCCAAACACCGUCAAGCGCUUGAUGCCGCAAGAAAACGCCUGUGGGGUACCGGAGAUUUUGGACCUAACGCCUCGACGUUUGAUCCCUACUCCCAAUUAUAUAAAUACAUCCAAAAGUCCUUAGCGAACGCCUAUGCAUUAUAUACUUCAGCCGUCCUCAACGACUCUGCUGACAUACUUGCUGUUACCACUGCAUUACUGGCUCGUUGCCCUAUAGAGCUACGCCUUGGUAUGCUUAUGGCUGUUCAAGAAGGGAUCUCACUAUGGGUUCUCGAUAGCAAGGCAUUGUUGAAAGAGGGAAAUCAUCUAUCAAAAGAGAUAUCCGCACUUUGGCAUAUAAUCUGCGCAUUCGUUCACCAGAUGACGAAGAGGCAAGGGAUUUCCAAAACCCUACUCGACUUGGAACUACUAAUCUGCUCUGGACUGGAAAGCACACAUAAGGCGAUUGCUAACCACGCGAUUUCUAUGUGGAACUCAACAUUUGGCAAAUCCGAGGAACCUCUAGUAUAUUCAACUCGGCUAAAGGAUUCACUUAUGAGACUUGACUCCGUCGCUGAUAUCCAGCUACCUUUCUUUCCUGAGAGCUUACGGGGUUCUAAUGACGAAACUCACGGCCGACAGCCUAUUGAGUUUGUGGAUAGCCAAGACGAUUCCAACAACUUCCUGCUCUCCUCUACCAUGGAGUCCGUGUUGAGAGCCCAUCCGACCCCGCUUAUGGGCUCGUCACCAAUACGUCGUCGACUCCGCGAAACUACACCCCAAGUUCUCAUUAACGUUGACCAGUCAAGCAGCCACAAGCGCUCUCGUGAAGCAACUCCUGAUGCGAAGAAGCGGAAGUCCCGAAGACUUGAAAGCACACCAUCUAAACUCCGACAUGACAAUUCGCAGAUUCAAUUUCAAGCCGUUGGGUCUUCUCCUACAGGCGAAGUAAACCGGGAUUCCCAGCUUCUGACCGCCAGGCAAGCUGAAGUGAAAGAGAGGCAGCGGAUCGAAGCGGCGAUGUUUCCCGACUUGAGAUCCAGUCCUGGAGUCAAUGUCUCUACGGAACCAGAGCUACCAACUCAUCUCUCACCAUCCAGAUCACAUAUGAAAACUCCUCCCCGGCAAACCACUCCAGAUCCUCUCCCACCCAGUGAAGAUGACAGUUUCAUGAUUUCUUCUCCGACGCCGAAACGAGACAAUCAUCAUAACCUCUACCCUUCUACAUCACUAUAUUCACCACCUAGGCUCACACCAAAUGGGCAGCGAGCCAUUCAGGCUGAAUUGGGAUCUGGUUUCCAUUUCGAAAUUCCUUCUUCACCUCCAGAGAGGCUAUUGGCACCGGAUAUCGAACCUCAAACGGCCAUUGACCACCCUUCGGCUCUAGCUGACUGCUUCGCAAACCAAGAUGAUGGCGCCAUGUCGACGUUCGACAGCACGAAUCCGAGUGACCAGCAUCCCUUGGAUGAAGAUCGUGCUUUGAAACAUCCCGCGGUAACCUUAGCUGCUGACCCUUCCCGAAGGAGGGCCAACUCUCCAAUUUCGGUUCCAGAAGCCGUGUCCGAAAAUAUUUUAGUUGAAACUGUUCGGGCAAAAUCAAGUCUUGAAGCAAAGAACAAUGUGAAAAUAUCUACGACUGGUAUUGAUCUAGCUGUUGCGGAUGCCCCUUUCAAAAAAAUAGAACUACAGCAGCCAACAACUCCCCCUCGGCAUAAAGAUAACACAGAUGCUGGCGGGCAACAGCUGAGCUCUCCACAAUUUGUGGAUGCAAUGUCCAGUCCUCCUUCAUCUGACAGUAUCAACGAGGACAUCUUUGAAGACGCUGUUUCAUCACCCCGCCUAAUGGUUCAGAAGACAAGGACAAGCCGUGCUUGGUCUCCUCUCAGCGAGUUUGACGAGUCUAGCAUGCUACGUAUCAUGAAAGAUUUCGACGAAGCUCCCGCUGAUCCAUCCACAGUGGUAGCUGACGUAAAGAAAAGCCCCCGCCAUCAGACGCGGGCGUCUUCUAGAAAGACGCUUUUGCAGAGCCCUUUACCCGUGCGUUUACCGUCACGCGGAUCUAUGCGUAUAGCAGUAUUGAAGAAUACUACCGCUACUAAUACCAGCAACAUCAUGAACUAUGGUAAUGACUCGAUCGGUUUGAAAGAACCACUUCAGCCCCACUCAUCGUUGCCGUCCAUGAUCCCUGAGACACCUGCUACGAAAAUUCCAGAUCCACUAGCCAAGAUUGUGAUUGAUGGAGAAGAAUUGAAUCCGUAUGAUACAAUUAUCGUGGAUGCAUCUGCUCUGGAGAACGAGGGUCGAGGUGGCAUCGCUGGAAGACGUCGAAGGCGCACGCCUACUAGUGCUAAGAAGAGGAAACAUGAGGAUACUACGGGAGCUAGCGGACCAGUCCUAGAUGGCCAACAAGUUCAGAAUCAGGCUACAUUAUUAACACGGACGUCACCUCGGAAGAAGCAAAGAGGAGGCUCAAAUAAGGCAUUGCAAUCAUCCCAGGUGCACACAGAUGCUUCUUCUGAGAGGAGCCACAGCGUCGUGUCAGCCGAUGUCGAUGUGUCAAUGUCAGCUCAAGAUGUAGAGGUCGGUAUGGCAGGUGUGCUUCUACCAAGUGCGGAGGAACCGUCGAAUGGUAACAAGGAUUGCAUUUUGGAUGUGAACAAACCCCCAAAUUCAAUUGCCCUGGAGCUUCUAGAGACACCUAGUGCGCAAGAACCUUCUGCAUACUCGAACGCAAGCCCGCACCGCGGAGUUGCCCCCGCCGAGGUCAUCGAAGAAACAAUAUUGGGAGCAAGUAGCAUGUCAGUGGGAAAUUCGAGAUCUCCUCCCGUGGAACAGGAUAAUAUCCCUCUUAGAGCUGGUGCUAUUGUCAGUUCGGAGAUUAUCGGAACUCCGGCAGACUCGCCAACUCUCACACUACAACUAGACAAAUCAGUAUCACCCGAUAAUAUCUCAGGCGCAACUCCAUCCCCACCGCCGCCUACACCGUCGGACCAACCGUUUAUCCCCAUGUUCCAAAGUGUGAAGGAAAAAGUACAAAGCCUCGUCAGAGAUCUAGGAUUAGCGGUCUUCUCGAGGGACCAAGUAAAUGAAAUUGAAGACAUAUUUAUGGAUGCGAAGGCGCAGUUAUAUGCUGCUGCGAUGAGAGGGCGUCUGGGGGGGGAUCCCUAA